AUGGCAGCAAGUGGCUUGCUGGCGCCAGGUAACCGUUUGCACAGCAUCCGGCUCGGGCCCGGACUCUGGACUGUGUACAUUUCUCCCGUCUGGCUGUGUACAUUUCCAACUUGGACACAGUCCAGUUUUCCACUCUGGUGGGUUGCCUAGAUGAGCCAGAGCGGAAAGAGAGACGUAAUUUGCGGUCAGUAGAGGAUCCUUCAGAGAUCCAGUCCCCCCACUAGCCUGGAUUCGUGGCUCCACGUCACGCCAAGGCCAACGUUCUCCAAGCCGCCACUUAUAAUAAUAAUAAUAUAACUUAUUAUGUAUACCCCGCCCAUCUGGCUGGGUUUCCCCAGCCACUCUGGGCGGCUUCCAACAAAACACUAAAAUACCAUAAUCGAUUAAACAGUAAAGCUUCCCUAAACUUCCAGAGCUCAAGCUGAAAGGGACCCCAAAGGGUCAUCCAUCCCAACCCACCGCUAGGCAGCCAUCUCCGCUCUUCCAUCCCAGACCAAUGGACAGGAUGCGUUGCAGGGGGUUGAGCUGGAUGACCCUCAGGGUCCCAAUCCAGUUCUAUGCUUCUACGUUUGGACUUGCCGGGGGCAGGACUAGGUGACCCUCGGCUAGGAUUCUGCGUCCCUGUUUCUCUGCAGUGCUGCUCUGGCUGGCCAAAGUUGCCGCCGGCUCCCCUUUCCUGCUCCCUGCUCCCGAAAACACGUCCAACCAUGGGCUGCCUGCUCCGGGGAGAACGAAUUCGUCGGAGGACGUCCUGCAGUGGCACACGGGAUUCCCAGAUCCCCUAGAGGACCUUGGUAAGUGUCACCUACGUAAAGGUCCCCUGACCAUUAGGUCCAGUCAUGGCCGACUCUGGGGUUGCGGUGUGCAUCUUGCUUUAUUGGCCGGCGUACAGCUUCCGGAUAUGUGGCCAGCAUGACUAAGCCGCUUCUGUCAAAACAGAGCAGCGCACAGAAACGCCAUUGACCUUCCCGCCGGAGCGGGACCUAUUGAUCUACUUGCACUUUGACGUGCUUUCCAACUGCUAGGUUGGCAGGAAAGCGUAACCUAGGGGUCCUCUUUAAGAGCCGCCCCACUUUAAGGGGCCGGGAAGAAUGCGGGAAAGGACCACAAAAUAUUAUUAAAUAUGUUAAUCUUGUUCUUCCCUCCCCAGGCGCAUCCUAAUAUACAUUUAGUAAAUUGUUAUUACAGGUAUUAAUAAUGAGAAAUAAAAUAGGAGAUGCAGGCCGGGCCACCCACAUUUGAACAGGCGCCAAAAUCGAGGCAGGAAGGAGAAACCCCCCCCCGUCACGCACAGGGACCCCAGUGGCAGUGAGUUCCAUAGGUGAGCCGGAGAAAGAAUGCUGCCAGUCCAGGGAGGCAUGAACUCCAAAAGGUCGAAAACAGCAGGACAAACAGGACAAAAGGCUCUCUUCCGAGCCAGGAUUGCAUUCUUUGGGGCAAAAGGUUCCCGCCUUGCUGGGGGUUGGUCUGGAUGACCCUCAGGGUCCCUUCCAGCUUUUGGGUUCUUUCCCCGUUUUCAGAGCCUCCUGCCCAGCCGGUCGUCCGCAGAGAGCCUUCUCUGCAAAAUCCCGGUGUCCGCUUGUCCUGCCGGGUGCCGAGUGGCACAGUGGAGGCCGUUGAAUGGAAAAGGGACGGGAAACCGCUCUCCAGGGGCCAAAGGGAUGACAUUCUUCUUCUCCCCCUCUCCGGGGUGGAGACAUCCCACUGCGGCUCGUACUCCUGCAAUGCCAGCAACCGCCGGGGCUGGAAGGAGUCGCCCCAGCUGGACGUGACGCCGGGUGAGUAGACGCCAAGUGGGGGGCACAAACCCGAAGAAGAAUCCGGGCCCUCUCCUCUCCCCUGUUGCCACAUUUCGCCCUGUAGUGAUCAGGUGGGAUUGCUAUGAGGAAUUAGAACAAAUCUAGAGUCAGCCUUCUGGGUCUGCAAGGAAAGCAUUGCGUUGACUGGGUUUCAACUGUGAUAGGAAUUUUACGGUCUUAGAUAUAUGGUAAUGUUCCUAAGCGUACCAACCAAGAUCAGCACAGGAAGACCCUCCUGGAACCAUUUUGAUUCCUAAACUGAGCAAAUGUUUUCUCGGCAAUGUCAAAAUGGGAAACCUCCCCAUUGUCUCACAAAUCCGGUCUUAAGGGCACAUUUAAGAUAUGAAUAGGGUGUGAGCCUGUGACCUGGCCCAGGAACUAAGUAUUUAUCAUUACAAAAACUAGCCCGGCUCCCCAGGCAAUCCAAUCAAGUGACCAUUAAACAGGUAACCUGUCAGACGAGAUAAACAAUGCAGUCAGAUUUCUGCUGUAGACUGCCUUUUCUGUGAUGUAGGUAUGACUAGCCAGGCUCCCCAGGAAAUCCAAUCAAGUAACCUACCAGACAGGAGAUAAACAAGGACAGGAGAAAAACAACAUUCAAAAUUUCUGUUUUAGACCACCUUUUCUGUGAUGUAGGUAUGAUGUAUCUGAGGGGUGGUCUUAGGUUACACCCCUUCUGCGAUGUAGGAAUGAUGUUUCUGGGAGUGGUCUUGCCUUGCCUUGCUACACGACCAUGGGAUCCCUUCCCCAUCAAUGGGUCUAUGAUUCCCACCAACAUUUCUCCGGAGAAAGAGGCCCAAUAAUUCUGCAGCUCCAGAAGACCUGGUUGGGAGAGAGGAGAAAGCGAAAGCAAACUCUGAAUCCAUCUUUCCAGGGAAUGGUAGAGUUGGAUGGGACCCCACUGAAAAACCUCCAAUUAAUGAUAGGAUAGAUUCGGAAAGGACCCCAGGGUCAUCCAGUACAACCCCAGGCAAUGUCACCAUGGGCGUACCUGGGAUGGGAGAGAGGAGAGAGGCAUGGGUGCCCGAGCGCCCACAACAUUCCCAUGGAGGGUCUGGACACCCCCAAAUUUCGGUGCCAGGGCCAUGGCACCCAGUUGACACUUCUGGAGGGGGGAAGAGGAACAUUGGAAUUCUUCCCUGAGGUGCUUGAUGUCUCCUCUCCCCAACGGGCUCCAUCCUGCAGGGAUCUCCAUGAUGCUGGGGGUGUCCUUCCAGCUCUCCGCCUCAGCCCUGGUGAGUGCUGCUUUCUCCGGAUGGGGGAUCCUCUUGCCAUUGUGUCAGCCCCAUAAGCUCCAGAUCCGUGAGUAUCUUUUUUGCCGCGGGUUGGACUGGAUGAUCUAUGGGGUCCCACCCUUAGGUGCUACCACCCUUUUGCUCCCCAGGAGGGAAGGCCUGGAAGUGGCUCAGCAUCUACGUCAACGGACUGACAGGCUUGGCCUGGCCCUUGCCUUCGUGGCCCUGA